CGAACGCAUUACUGUUGAUAUUUCGUGGUAAAUGUCACAACCGGCUAUUUUACAAACCACAGUUCAGGACUUUUAACAAAGGAUCGUGUGUUCCAAAGUGUUUCGGGUUGAAAAUUUAAAGUUACAUAUCGUUUUAGUUAUAUAAUAGUCAAAGGAAAAGCGGACUAGUCAAUUACACGGAGGAAAACAGGAGGCCCGAUUAUCGACUACAUUUUAUUUGACGGACAUUACGUAAUACUGAAGCGCCUACCGUGAUGUAAACUACACAGCCUCCGUGGACAACAACCUGACCAGUUGACCAGUAGACAACCCGGUGGUCGGUAUGAAUAGCACGACCUUUUGCUUGAUCCUUGUGUUAGCAGUACUGACCAGUGUGUUAUUUAUGAGAGACUCUGGCCCUCAACCGACCAAGCAGCUAAAUGAUACAUACGACUAUAUUAUAGUUGGCGCUGGAUCUGCGGGAAGUGUCUUAGCCACUCGACUGUCAGAGGACACCGGAAGUACUGUGUUAGUCCUUGAGGCUGGGAAUACUGGGGAGAAUAACUGGUUCAUCAACGUUCCCUUGGUUAGUGCUCUCACACAAAAGUCGAAUGAGGACUGGAACUACCAAACAGAACCCCAACAACACGCAGCAUUCGCCAUGAAGGAGCGGAGAAGCUGCUGGCCCCGCGGAAAGGUCUUGGGAGGUACCAGUGCCCUCAACAUGAUGGUGUAUGCCCGAGGUAGCCGCUAUGACUACGACAGCUGGGCCGAGGAAGGCUGUGAGGGAUGGAGUUACCAAGAUGUUCUCCCAUAUUUCCUAAAAUCGGAAGAUGUACUGAUAGACGAACUGAAGAAUUCAGCGUUCCAUAGUAGUGGCGGAGAGUUGGGCGUGUCACGUUCGUCGUAUACAGCCUUACCCAGCGUGCUCCUACAGGCCGGACAGGAGCUAGGGUUCAAAGCCCACGACUGCCACGGUCCUGACCAAAUCGGAUUUUGUAGAAUGCAGGCGACGGUGAGGGACGGUAAGAGAAGCAGCACAUACAACUCCAUCCUUAAACCCGCUAUGAGUCGAGCAAACCUACACGUAGGUGUGAACAGCUUGGUGACUAAGGUUCUGAUACACGACGGUCGGGCGGAGGGUGUGGAGGUUAUGAGAGAGGGGCGGACGCUUACGGUCCACGCCAGGAAGGAGGUCAUCCUAUCCGGAGGUGCCGUCAACUCGCCACAGCUACUGAUGCUGUCAGGGGUCGGACCACGUGAUCAUCUAGAGGAUAUGGAAAUUGACGUUAAAGCCGACCUACCCGUCGGAGAUAACCUACAGGACCACUUGAUGGUUUUCAUACCUGUUCUCACCAACACGUCUAUACCUAUAACAAAGGAUACUGUAGGGAACGUAUGGGCGCUGAUGGACUAUGUGAUUCAUAGGACAGGUGUCAUUGCCACCACCGGUGUUGAAGCUAUGGCAUUUCUCUAUGAGGACGGUAACGUCACUUCCGGUAAUGGCAAAGCCCCCGAGAUUCAGUUCCAUCUUCACAGUGUUCAUGGUUUCACGGAAAACGAAAAGCAAUUUGAAAAUUUUAAUCUUAAUGAAAAGACACGAGAUCUCGUAUUCUCGACAGCUGUAAAUCAAAGCAGCUUCUCGAUGCUGCCAAUCCUCCUACAUCCAAAGAGCCAUGGUACCUUACGUUUAAAAAGCAAAGAUCCGCUCCAGUACCCGGCCAUAGAUCCCCAGUACCUACAACAUCCGGGGGACAUCAAAACACUCUUAAAAGGUAUACGGCUCACUGAACGACUAUUGGACACCAAACCUAUGAGGGAGAUCGGAGCAUCUAUUGACCCGUCCGUCCCUAUGUAUAAACUGUGUGAGCAGCAUCUAUUCAGGUCAGACGCCUUCUGGAUGUGCUUCAUACGACAACUAGCUGUAACUGUAUACCACCCCACCGGCACGUGCAGGAUAGGAAGAAAGGAUGACCCCACUGCUGUGGUUGACCCUCAACUUAAAGUGAAAGGCAUCAAAGGUCUGCGUGUAGUAGAUGCUUCUGUUAUGCGAAACAUGCCGUCGGGCAAUACAAACGCCCCGUCGAUUAUGAUUGCAGAAAAGGCAGCGGACAUGAUACGAGGUGUAGAUACUGUUCAGAGAUGGAAACAGCAAAUAAGAGGGCAUUUGUGACGUGUGUUGAUAUGCAUAGGUAUUUGUAACAAGGAUGUGUCACAACAAUCAAUUGAUCACCUCUUUUAUAACGUACAAAGUAAAUAUUUUAAUACGAAUAAUUCCUCAAGACAAUCUACCUCAGGAGAUAUUAAUGAAUGUGUGUCUUUAGCGUUAUUUAGUUAAUGUUAAGAUAAUUAACCAUAUAAGGUCAACGUCUAUUUCCAAGAGUUCCGUUCAUGAACUGCGGGGCUUCGUAUCGAUAUACUUUCUCGAUUUUCAUUAGGUGGAUAUGUAUAGUAGUAAGAGAGGUAGAGAUGUGUAGUACAUGUAGAAGAUAGGUAGAGGUUUCACCACCAGGCACCUAGCUGGACUGUAAACAAUGUACACGAAAAGAGUAUUAUCUAGCCACUCUGGGGGACCACAUUGUUGAGAUUCUGUGACGCUAUCUGGUGACUUUUUAAAGCAAUAUUUGAGAGCAAAAUUUAUUCCAUUUUCAGGCCUUUUUGUCUCCGUUUCAGUUUCAAAAUUUUAGGAAAGAAUGAAUUGUUAUUGAUAUGAUAGGAGAUAAAUUCAGUAUUGUCAUGUAUGUAUAGAUAUACAUAUUAAUAUAUAUAAAGUAGAUAAUAAAGAAACAAAUUCUUGCAAAGGAAAAUAUAGAAAAUAAAAUAGAAGUAUCCAAUAUCAACCGCUACCUUCUUGGGCUUCUUCAGGCGGACAAUAUAUUUUAUAUAUGAUUCAUGAUCACUUUUAUUAUUUAACAGCACUACUCAGAAUCACCAAAUCACCGAGCAUGCCUAUUAAAAGGGAGUAUUGUAAAGCAACUAAGUUUUUACAUUUUUACACGCCUGAGUCAACAUUAGACUUUUUGAAUAUGGAAGUUCUGUGUUUAGCAAACGAAAUUCUUUAACAAAAAUGGAUUAAAAACAUAUCAGUGAUAGUUUACCGAGUUAUUGAGGCAGAGGUACGCAUUGCUUUUAUAUGUUUAUUGCAAUUGAUCAUCAAUCCGCCUCUUGCUUCUUCAUAUCUUUCCUUUCUAACAUAAUUGAACACAAUCCCUUUUUAAGCCGUUACUACAGAGAAUAAGUCUUCAGUCGCUCAGAAAAAUUUCAGUCUGAAUUGCUGAAUGAAUUAAUAUAUGUACAGUAAAUACUGAUUCCCCCAUCCCCUCACUAGUGUUUUAAUUCACGUGUAGAUGUAAAGCUAAUACAUUGUAGGAGUCAUGCUGAGGUGGUCGCACCAGUGGUCCUUUCUAGUUAAACAAAAUAUAGAUGUAUAGUUUCUUAGACUGUUUUUAGAACAAUGUUAGUUGUUAUUUGUUGUUCAGAUCACUAAACAUCAGCACUUGAAUGGUUAUAACUUACUUACAGAAACAACGAUGUGUAAUUUUAAGUAUGUGUAUAAUCCUAUCUGGUCCUUUUACCAGAAAAAAAUAUUCCUUUUUUAAAUUAUUUCAUUUUCAGUUUAUUAUGAAUGUUACAUUUUUGUCUGACUUGAAAAGGGCUGUGAUAUAAACAAAUAAAAUGUAAUCCUUCUUAAAGAUGUAAUCCCGCUUUUCAUAAACGUAUAUAUGUAAAAUUUUCAAAAAGAUUCAUCAGUUUGGAAAAAUGUGAU